CGGCGGGGAGGCACGGCUAUCACUGCUUCCUCUACAGUUUCUCAUCUGAUGUUUCUUAUGUGGCACGUAGAUUUUCUUUAGCCAUGAGGCUUUACUGCAGAGCUGGUGUACAUGAAGGGCACUCUCGUGCCAGACCUCCCGUGGUCCACCUGUAACACAGCACUGGAGGACAUUCUCCGCUGCCGUUUUUCGCCUUUCCUGGUGCUCAGCGACGGUGGGGAAAAUCAGCUGAGUACUUAACAGGGUCAGGCAGGCUGGAAAAUAGCUUCCAACCGGGCAAAGUGAGACAGACGAACGACUGCAUCGUCGGUUACCGUUCAGGUACACAUUUUAGGGCUUAUUUCUUUCAAGCACCCUCCCAGAGCAGGUUAACGCACAAACGCCUCAGCGUUUCAGCGCGGCUCGGUGUGUGAGGGGCAGGGCGGCCAAACGCCGGCGGCGGCCGCGCCCCCGAGCCGGGUGUUGAAAAGGGUCGGGGCGGACAGCCGGGACACUGCAGGGCACCCGGCCGACGGGAAGAGCUCCGCACCGCCGUCCUGGGCCGAAGUUGGCGGCCUCUCAGCGCCGUCAUGACCGUGCUGAAGUUAUCCCUCAUGGCUUUCAGCUUCGUCUUCUGGGCGGCGGGGCUGACCAUGCUCAUCGUCGGUCUCUGGGCUAAGGUGCGGCUGGGGGGCUACCUGGCGCUGUCGGCCAACGACUCCCCCGGCGCCCCCGCCAUCCUCCUGGCUACCGGCACCGCCGUCAUCGUCUGGGCCUUCCUGGGCUGCUUCAGCGCCGCCACCGAGCACCGCGGCCUCCUGCGCACCUACGGCGCCUUCCUUGUAGCCGUGCUGCUGGCCGGGCUGACCGCGGGGCUGUCGGCGCUCCUGUACCGCCAGGACAUCGCGCGGGGCUUUCGAGAGGGGCUGCGCCAGGCCCUGAGCGACUACGGCGAGGACGAGGGGAAGGCGGACGCCCUGGACGCUUUGCAGCGCACUCUGAGCUGCUGCGGCGUGGACAGCUACCGGGACUGGCUCUCCACGCCCUGGGCGCUCCGGCUGAACGCCUCGGUGCCGCUCAGCUGCUGCCGGGACCGGCGGGGCUGCCCGCUCGGCUCGGCCGGAGCGCACGGCCUGCACCCGGACGGCUGCUUCGGCAGGGUCUCGGCCUUUGUCAGCGGCAACAUGUUCUGCGUUGCCACCGCUGCCCUGGGGCUGGCGGUGCUGCAGGUCGUUGGCAUCGUGCUGGCUUGCCUCAUGGCUGCCCGUGUCCCUGCUCGCGUUACCGCCCCGCACUGAGACCUUCCCCAGGUCUGGCCCUCGUCACCUCCUGCUCCCUUCGUUCCCCUGGAUCUGGGAGAUCUGGGUGUGGCCCCAUCUGGAAGGCCUCUUCAUUGUCCCCCAUUUCACCCUUCCUCUGCAGUCUGUUUCCUCUGCUGGAGCCUGUGUCACGUAUGCCAACACCACAGGCAUCUCCACAGCCUCUUGGAGCUGUCUCCUAUCCUGGCUGUGUCCCCUGCAUGACAGCAGGUUUCCACUUCCCCCCAGAGCCUCUGGGCACAGAGUGGAGAGCGACAGCAUGGACAGACAUCACCCUGUUGGGCCAGAUGGACAGCUGGGUGACAGCUCAGCAGAUGUCUGGGUGAUGUGAACAGACAGAGGUACUGAAAUGGGAGCAGGAAAGAGAAGAAGGCUCGUGGGAGCAAGGCAGACAUCUCAGCAUUGUAUUGGAGCUGCUGGAAGAUCGGUGUCAUUGGGAUGCUGGAGUGCACAAGUGGCAUGUGUGGUCCGGGUGGGUCUGGGGACAGCCUCUGCUUGAGGAACUGCCCUGCAACAUGCAUUGCACCACUGUGCUUCACUCUAGUGAGUUCCUUGCAAAGAUGUCCAGGUCUAGACAUUUCCACCAUAGGAAUUAGGAAUUUAGCUAGCAAAUCUGUAGAGAAUAGGUAAAUGCCAGCAAAAGGGAGCAGGACAGGAAAUCAUCAGUGACAGGAGUAACAGCCUGGGAGGGGAGAGUGGAGUUUCCCAGGGCAAAGGGGAUUAGCAGUAGGGCCCAAGUAAAGAAUGUGCUGGAAUGAAGAGUGAGGAAAACCAGACUUUGUAGAAGUAGGCUUCAGGAUUUCAGGUAUUUUUGCUGCUUGUAAUUGUUUGUGCCAUUUAAAAAUACCUGGAAAUGCCACUAUUUCUGUCUUUUGUGGCAGUGAAGCCCUUUCCUUGUUCUCUGCAUUUCCUUUUGAGAGAGGGACUGAUUGGUCAGUUCUGUGAUGAAUUUGUCCAAUCUGUAGAACUGGAACUGUUUCUGACCUAGGGACAGUACUUCAUUUGGCCUAUUAAUGACUGCCCCUGACCACAUGAACUGCUCUGCGCCUAAAACACAGAGGUCUGUACAUCACCCUUUGGGUGAGCAGUUCUAGUCAGCACGGAUGGAUGGAGCCGACAAUUGUGGGUUAACAGUUAUGUUGUGCCUGAGUGUUAGUGGUGCUUUUAUGUACCUUCCAUUUGCUCAGACGUCAGGUGGCUAUGUUAAAUAAUCAGGCUCCAGCUAAUGAGUGCAAUGUAAACAGGUUUCUCAGCCAUUUGACAAUUCAUCUGCAUAGAUGAACUCUGGAUACGUGUUGGGAAUCUCUUUUUAGAGCCAACAUUUCAUUUUAGUGCUGUUUAGUUUAUUUUUUUUUAUAAUUUCUUGUUUUAAAUAAUUGAAUUGCUGUUGUUGUUUAUGAGUGUCCCUGUACUGACAUGUUUUUGAUGGUCUUUUGGAGCUGGACCCUAAUGGAACUCUGCUGUUUUCUGAAAAUCCUGGUCAUUUUGUACAGUCUUAAUAGUGUGUAAUUUGUAUGAGAAAUGGUACUUCAGAAAUAAAGUAGUGUUACAAGUAGUACAAGUCACUGAAUCCAACUCAGUACCUGUGUUUGUGUAUGUCUCUACAAGCAAAAUGAAGCGUACAUUGAGAUGUAAAGACAGAAGUAUUUUUGUUAUUCAGAAAAAUAAACAGUAAAGCAGA